CAAGUUCAACACGACACAAACUCAAUUUCAACAAAGACCACACAUACAAGUUAAAACACAACACAAACUCAAGUUCAAAAAACACACAAACUCAAGUUCAAAAACACCACAAACUCAAGUUCAACAAAAACCACAAACUCAAGUUCAAACACAAAACAAACUCAAGUUCAAACACGACACAAACCAUAGUUAUACCAACAACCAAAUUUCAAGUUUAACAAUUGCAACAACCUCAAGUUCAACAACCACACAAACUCAAGUUCAACAAACGCCACAAACUCAAGUUCAAACAUGAAAAAUAACUCAAGUUCAACAAUCACACAAACUCAAGUUAAAACACGACACAAACUCAAGUUCAACAAACACCACAAACUCAAGUUCAAACACAACACAAACUCAAGUUCAACAAACACACAAACUCAAGCUCAAAAACACCACAACCUCAAGUUCAAAAACAACACAAACUCAAUUGCAAACACGACAAAAAACUCAAGUGCAAACACGACACAAACUCAAGUUCAAACACAACACAAACUCAAGUUCAACAAACACACAAACUCAAGUUCAAAAACACCACAAACUCAAGUUCAUAAACAACACAAACUCAAUUGCAAACACGACAAAAAACUCAAGUUCAACAAACACCACAAACUCAAGUUCAAACACAACACAAACUUCAAGUUCAACAAUCACACAAACUCAAGCUCAAAAACACCACAAACUCAAGUUCAAAAACAACACAAACUCAAUUGCAAACACGACAAAAAACUCAAAUUCAACAAACACCACAAACUCAAGUUCAAACACAACACAAACUCAAGUUCAACAAACACACAAACUCAAGUUCAAAAACACCACAAACUCAAGUUCAAAAACAACACAAACUCAAUUGCAAACACGACAAAAAACUCAAGUUCAACAAACACCAAAAACUCAAGUUCAAACACAACACAAACUCAAGUUCAACAAUCACACAAACUCAAGUUCAAACACGACACAAACUCAAGUUCAACAAACACCACAAACUUGAGUUCAAACACGAAACUCAAGUUCAAAAAGACCACAAACUCAAGUUCAACAAACACACAAAAUCAAGUUCAAACACACCAAAACCUCAAGUUCAAAAACAAUACUGACUCAAGUUCAAAAACACCACAUACUUCAGUUCAAAUACAACACAAACUUAAGUUCAGCAAACACCACAAACUCAAUUUCAAAUCCAAAAAUAAACUCAAGUUCAAAAACACGACACAAACUCAAGUUCAAACACACCACAAACUCAUGUUCAAAAACAACACGAACUCAAGUUCAACAAACACUCAAACUUAAGUUCAAGACCAUAAACUCAAGUUCAAAUCCGAAACAAACUCAAGUUUAAUUUCACGACACAAACUCAAGUUCAAACAACAACCAAAUCUCAAGUUUAACAAUUGCCACAACCUCAAUUUCAACAAUCACACAAACUCAAGUUCAACAAACGCCACAAACUAAAGUUCAAACAUGAAACAAACUCAUGUUCAAAAACAACACAUACUUAGGUUUAACAAACAAAAGAACUCAAGUUCAAACAAAAUAAACUCAAGUUAAACUAAAACAGAAACUCAAGUUUAACGAUUGCCACAACCUCAAAUUCAAAAAAUUCCACACCCUCAACUUCAAAAAAAUCACAAACUCAAGUUCAAAAACACCACAAACUCAAGUUCAAACAUGACACCUACUCAAAUUCAAAAUCACCACAAACUCAAGUUCAAAAACACCAAAAACUCAAGUUCAAACACAACACAAACUCAAGUUCAACAAUCACACAAACUCAAGCUCAAAAACACCACAAACUCAAGUUCAAACACAACACAAACUCAAGUUCAACAACCACACAAACUCAAGUUAAAAAAAACACAAACUCAAUUGUAAAAACAAAACAAACUCAAUCUUAACAAACACCACAAACUCAAGUUCAAACACAACUCAAAAUCAAGUUCAACAAUCACACAAGCUAGAGUUAAAAACACUCACAAACUCAAGUUUAACAAUUUUCACAACCUCAAUUUGAUAAAAAUUCCACAUCCUCAACUUCAAAAAAAUCACAAACUCAAGUUCAAAAACACCACAAACUCAAGUUCAAACAUAACACCUACUCAAAUUCAAAAUCACCACAAACUCAAGUUCAACAAACAUACAAAAUCAAGUUCAAAAACACCACAAACUCAAGUGCAAAUAUGACACCUACUCAAAUUCAAAAUCACCACAAACUCAAGUUCAACAAACAUACAAAAUCAAGUUCAAAAACACCACAAACUCAAGUUGCAAACAUGACACAAACUCAAGUUCAACAAACACCACAAACCCAAGUUCAAACACAACACAAACUCAAGUUCAACAACCACACAAACUCAAGUUAAAAAAACCCACAAACUCAAUUGUAAAAACAAAACAAACUCAAGUUCAACAAACACCACAAACUCAAGUUCAAACACAACUCAAACUCAAGUUCAACAAUCACACAAAAUCAAGUUCAAAUAUGGAAAAAGCUAGAGUUAAAAACACUCACAAACUCAAGUUUAACAAUUUCCACAACCUCAAUUUGAAAAAAUUCCACAUCCUCAGCUUAAAAAAAACCACAAAAUCAAGUUCAAGAACACCACAAACUCAAGUUCAAACAUGACACAAACUCAAGUUCAACAAAAACAACAAACUCAAAUUCAAACACGAAACUCAAGUUCAAAAGCACCACCAACUUAAGUUCAAAAACACCACAAACUCAAGUUCAACACGACACAAACUCAAUUUCAACAAAGACCACACAUACAAGUUAAAACACAACACAAACUCAAGUUCAAAAAACACACAAACUCAAGUUCAAAAACACCACAAACUCAAGUUCAACAAAAACCACAAACUCAAGUUCAAACACAAAACAAACUCAAGUUCAAACACGACACAAACCAUAGUUCAACCAACAACCAAAUUUCAAGUUUAACAAUUGCAACAACCUCAAGUUCAACAACCACACAAACUCAAGUUCAACAAACGCCACAAACUCAAGUUCAAACAUGAAAAAUAACUCAUGUUCAAAAACAACACAAAGUUAAGUUCAACAAACACAAAAACUCAAGUUCAAACACGACACAAUCUCAAGUUCAACUAAAACCACAAACUCAAGUUCAAACACAAAACAAACUCAAGUUCAAACACGACACAAACUAUAGUUCAACCAACAACCAAAUCUCAAGUUUAACAAUUGCCACAACCUCAAGUUCAACAACCACUCAAACUCAAGUUUAACAAACGCAACAAACUCAAGUACAAACAUGAAACAAACUCAUGUUCAAAAACAACACAAACUUAAGUUCAACAAACACAAAAACUCAAGUUCAAACACGACACAAACUCAAGUUCAACAAAAACACAAACUCAAGUUUAACAAUUUCCACAACCUCAAGUACAACAAAUUCCACAUCCUCAACUUCAAAAAUACCAAACUCAAGUUCAAAAAGACCACAAACUCAAGUUCAAACACGACACAAACUCAAGUUCAAAAAAACCACAAACUAAAUUUCAAACACGAAACUCAAGUUCAAAAACACCACCA